AUGCUACAGAUGCAAUGGCAAGGGCACGUUCCUGAUAAGUGUCAUAUGAAAUCAAGAGAGUGCUAUUUAUGUCACAAGAAGGGACAUAUCGCAAAAGCCUGCCGGAGUAAGAAGCAAGGCGAUUUUAAGAACAGGAGCGGAGCAACGGGUACCAAGAAUACAAAGUACCAGAAACAAGCCACGUUACAAGUGGAAGAAGAGGAAGUAUGUUCACUUUAUGGUCUGGGAGGUCAGGAUGCAAUCAAAGUCAAUAUGACUGUAGCUGGACGAGAAUUAGAGCUGAUUGUUGACACGGGUGCAACUAUUGCCGUGAUUCCCAGGGAGACCUAUGAGAAACAACUAUCUCAUGUCAAACUCCAGAGCAGCAACGUGAAAUUACAGUCAUAUUGUGGACAGGCAUUGUCUGUACGCGGAGAAGCUGUAGUACCAGUACGCUACAGAGAUCAAGAAAUACGAGGUAGAGUAGUUGUCGUCAAUGCUGCAAAUAAGCCAGCAGUGCUUGGCAGGAAUUGGUUGUCACAACUCAAGUUGGACUGGGCAUCUUUAUUUAGCUUGAAUGUCCUGGAUCCUGUACACGAGUUUUCUGAGUUAUUCAAGGAAGGAAUGGGAAAGCUGCAAGGAGUGCAAGCGAAAAUUACUUUGAGUGCCAAUGCAAGGCCAGUCUUUCAUAAGGCAAGACAAGUACCAUUUGCGUUACAAGCUGAAGUAGAUACUGAAAUCAAUCACUUAGUCAGAGAAGGAGUACUGACACCUGUAGAUCAGAGCGAGUGGGCUUCGCCGAUAGUAGUGGUGAGGAAAUCUGACGGCAGUAUCAGAUUGUGUGGUGACUACAAAGUAACCAUCAAUGAAUAUUUGGGAAAUAUUGAGUAUCCCACACCAAAUGCUCAAGAUUUAUUUGCUACUUUAGCGGGUGGUCAACGAUUUACCAGGCUUGAUCUAAAGCAAGCUUACCAACAAAUGGAAGUGGAUACCGGGAGCCAAGAGUAUUUAACCAUAAAUACUAGGAAGGGUUUGUUUACUUAUACCAGAAUGCCUUUUGGUAUACGAACAGCACCAAGUAUUUUCCGGAAAACUAUGGAUAUGAUAUUGUCUGGAAUACCAGGAGUUUGUUGUUUUUUCGAUGACAUACUGAUUGUCGGUUCAACUGAUGCUGAGCACGAUGCAAGAGUGAGGCAAGUAUUACAACACCUAAAGCAAAGAGGAGUCCGGCUAAAGAAGGACAAAUGUGAAUUUGGUCAGUCUGAGGUGACAUACUUAGGUCACAGGGUAGAUCACGAAGGUCUGAAGCCUACAGAAGACAAGGUCAAGGCUAUCAGGGAAGCACCUGAGCCAAGAAAUGUGACUGAGUUGAAGGCAUUUCUGGGGCUGUUGAACUAUUACAGCCAUUUCUUACCGAAUCUGUCGAAUACUCUACAAGCUUUGUAUGAGUUACUUCAAAAAGGAAAACAGUGGAGAUGGACAAGGAAACACAGGGCCGCAUUCAAUGCAGCAAAGAACAAGUUAUUACAGUCUGGUUUUCUUGCGCACUAUGAUUUGUCUCGACCAGUCAAGCUCAAAUGUGACGCAUCCCCAUAUGGAAUAGGAGUCUGUUUGAGUCACGAGUUUGAGGAUGGAUCGGAGAGACCAGUGGCAUUUGCUUCACGGACACUGUCAUCAGCAGAAAAGGGCUACGCCCAAAUAGAGCGUGAAGCACUGGCAAUCAUUUUUCGGCUUUCGUCAUUUCCACAAGUUCCUCAUUGGUCAAAGAUUUACACUAGUGACAGAUCACAAACCUUUGGUCAAAAUUCUGGGACCUAA